UGUGUGGACACUGAACAUGAAGUCUGCAUGUGUACUAAUGCCUCAUCACCAGAUCUCUUUAUUAGCUUUAAACCAUCCUGUUUUAGAUGUUGCGGUCUUAUGAUUUGGGUAACCGACGAUAAAUAAGAAAUUGAAUAUCAACUUUUAAGAAUGUUGUUUUAAGAAUAUUGUUGGUAUGCCGUUUUUGCGACAGCUGAUAUUCCAGAUUUCUUUAUCUGCAGCGUUUGCUGUACACAUUUCAGUCAGUUGUCUAUAGACCCACUGAAACGUAACAAUUUGGGGGUCACGUAAGGUUGAAAACACACGAUAUGUACAUUGGGCACGUGGGCACAACAAAGGUGUAGGGAAACCGGUGCGCUAUUUUAGUACUUGUACGAAUAAACACAAGAGUGCACAGACCACCGAACGUCCCCUAAUACCAGUAGUAGUAAUGUCGCGUAUAAGGGUAAUUAGCACCUGAAUGUUCACUGGGGAGAUUCUUCACACACACACAAUCGGUUCUGACAACAGCUUCAUUUUCUCCCAGACAAUGCUGUAUUCUGUUCCAACGAAUCGUCGAUGCAGCCACCUGUGGGUCGCCAUCUUGUUUCUGACGACAUUUUGGACUCCCGCGAUUUCAGACGACACCAGGCCAAAUUUUGUGUUGAUCAUGGUAGACGACCUCGGCAUUGGCGAUGUCGGCUGUUUUGGUAAUGGUACGAUGAGAACGCCAAACAUAGACCGAAUCGCGUCAGAAGGCGCCAAGCUGACACAACACCUCACAGCGGAGGCGAUCUGUACUCCAAGCAGAGCCGCGUUCCUUACCGGGCGGUACCCUGUGAGGAUGGGCAUGGCCGCUGGUGGGCACAACUGGCGAUAUUUGCCGUUUGUCGCCGGUGCAGGCGGACUGCCUCAGAACGAGACAACCUUCGCGACCUUGCUGAAGGAUGCUGGGUACUCUACAGCUUUAGUAGGAAAGUGGCACCUCGGUCUCAACUGUGAGACAAGAGAUGACCACUGCCAUCACCCGAACAAACACGGGUUCGACUUUUUCUUCGGCACUCCGAUCACGAACUUCCGAGAGUGUGCGGAUGGAGCGGAAACCAUGUAUGUCAACACCCGAACUUACAAACGGAUGCGCAACGGCUGUAUGGUUCUCUUUAUCUGCAGCUUAACCCUUCUUCUCCUGAAAGUCAUGGGGAAAAACAAGAUGUCGUGGAAGACUGUAGUUGCCUUGCUUCUCAUCGCACCUGGUUUUUGGAUCCCAUCGAGAUUUUUCUUCUCCCAUCGCUUGCGCUGGAUGAACUGCAUUCUCAUGAAUAAUGAUAAGCUCGUUGCCCAGCCGUUUGAUUUGGAAGAUGAUCUCACACCGCGUCUUCUCGCCAAGUCUUUGAACUUUCUCAGGGAAAACCAGAACCGUCCGUUUCUUCUGUAUCACUCCUUCCUGAAAGUGCACACGGCGCUGUUUGCGACCGAGCGGUUCAGGGGGCGGAGCCAACACGGUCCGUACGGGGAUAACGUGGAGGAAAUGGAUUGGGCGGUGGGAGAGAUACUGAAGGAGAUUGACAGGCUGGGGAUGUCGGAGAACACGUUUGUGUACCUGUCGUCUGACAAUGGAGGACACCUGGAGGAAAUCACACCGGAGGGGGAGGUGCAUGGUGGAUGGAACGGCAUCUAUAAAGGUGGGAAAUCCAUGGGAGGUUGGGAAGGAGGCAUCCGUGUGCCUACCGUACUGCGCUGGCCCAGACAAAUCCGCCCCGGUACAGUCAUCUCGGAGCCGACCAGUAUGAUGGACGUGUUCCCGACCGUUCUGAAGCUGGCCGGCUCGGAAACUCCCGAGGACCGAGUCAUCGACGGCCGGGACAUGAUGCCGCUGUUGGCGGGAGACAGGACCGUGACAGAGCACGAGUUUCUUAUCCACUACUGUGGGCAGUCCCUCGCCGCAGCUCGGUACAGACCGCUCACAGGAAACUCAGUGUACAAGGCUCACUACAUUACACCAAUCUGGGACGAGGGCACAGGUGCGUGCUACUCCGCGUUCGGGUGCAGCUGUGACGACAGGUGGGUGACCCACCACGACCCCCCUCUACUCUUCGACAUAACGAACGAUCCCUCCGAGAGCAAGCUCAUGACACCCGAGAACGAGCCGAAGUUUGCCGAAAUAGUGGCGAACAUCAGCCGAGGAGUGGAGAUGCAUAAGACGACGCUUGUGCCGGUGGAGAGCCAGUUUUCUUACCGUAACAUCCUGUGGAGGCCCUGGAUGCAGCCGUGUUGUAAUUUCCCGUACUGCUCGUGUAACUUAAAUGAGACGUCGCCUACAUUGGAAACGUUACCUGUGUAUGAACCGGAGUCUAUUUCAGAGUCAUAGAUAACGGUUGCUUUCUAUUCAAUUUCUAAGAAGAAGAAUGCUUCCAAGUUCAUAUAUGACCAAACCAUUAUUUAGUGACAAACUCAUAUCACGUGAAAUUCCAGAAAUAACGUUAAAUGCAAACAAAUCUGUAUUAAGGCCAUGUAAAACGCCUAUAUGUCUGUGUACAGACACUGUAUGCACUGCCUUGUAUUCAAGAUUGUUUCAUAUUAGCAUCUUUUAUUUUUAAUUUUGCGAUAUUCCAGUGGGAUGGCUAAUAACUCUAAUAAUUUUGUUUCUUUAAGAUUUUGA